AUGGGUCGAGUGAAGCAGGAAAGUCUAAAUCAGGGUAAUGGAAAUGGCUAUAGUGCUGGUGUACAGCCUGACUAUGCAAGUCUUGGCCAAAGUGUCCCCACUGCAGAGGGCAAAUCAGGUGGAACUGGACAGAUUCCUUACAAUGGAGCUCCUGUGGUUCCUGCUGGACUCGAUGGAGUGAGUCAGUUUGAGCCUCAGUCUGCUGGAUUUGGUCCGAAUGGAAAACUAGGUGGCAUGUACGGCGGAAUGGGCGGUUUGCCUUUUGAAGGUCAAACACUUGGAAUGGGUGCAGAGAAAUCAAACGCCAAGUACGGUAUUGGAAGGCUGCAGUUUGGUGGACAACCUGCCAGUACAGGAAUGAAUGGUGCAGGAAAGUACGGUUAUGGAGGUAGCCCCUAUGGGUCUGCAGGUGAUGGCAAAUCAUCAGGAAAAUAUGGUGGUUUUGGUGCUGGCACGGGAAGCCAUCCUGCUGCAGGAAAAUAUGGAUAUGGUGGGUAUCCCAACGGUGGGCAGCUUCUUGGUCUUGGCAAUAACGGAAAUCCAGCUGGUUAUGGACAGCUGCCUUAUGAAGCUCAACCAGCAGGACUGAGCCCUCCAGCAAAAUCUGCUGGCCAGUAUGGUCUGGCUGGGUCACCAUACCAGCCUGAGCAGCUUGGGCUUGGAAAUAAUGGAAAAUUGACCGGAAAAUAUGGUGGUGGUGAAGCUGGAUACGUGCCACAGACUCUUGGUUAUGGUGGUGAAGCAAAAUCUUCGGGGAAAUAUAAUAACCAGGGAGCUUACCAGCCACAGCCUCUUGAGUCCACAGCUGAAGAUACAGCUGGUUUGAGUUAUGAGCCUCUGCCUCCUGAGCCAGAAUCAGCUGGAAAAUCUUACGUGAAGGGAGAGGUGCCGACUCCAGCACUUGCAGCUGAAGUUAAUGUGGGCUACAUAAAUGGACAGGUGCAGCCAGAAGUUGCUGCAUUUCCUGCUCCCACUCCCAGCCCUGGCCUGGCUGACCCAUCUGUGCUGGCCUACCUCCCCAUAGAGGACUCCUUCACGCCUGAUGUGGGACCUAGACCAGAUGUUCAGGAUCUGCCCAACCCGGUGGACACGACCAGCCCCAUCUAUGAUUCUGCACCAGCUACAGAAAAACAAGGUGAAGCUCAGGGGCCUGAGCAACCCGAUGACCUCGAACAACAACAGCUGCCACGUCAGAUACACAUUCAGCAGCAUCUCAAACUGCAUUUUCACCCACAAGGAACAAAGAACAACAAAUAUGAUUUGAAUGGUUUCUUUGGGAAUAGUGGCUAUCAAGGUUAACUCUAAUUGAAGACAACAAUUAUAUACCCUUUUUUAGAUGUUAUAUUAUGUUUUAUUGUUUCCAAAUUGUAUAUUAUUUUUAUUUUCUUCUGUCUGUCAAAUAGUACUGGUAGUCAUAUUUGUGUGUUUGUAGUAAGUAUAUAGAUAGAACAUGUUAACAUUUUAGGUUUUCUGUUGUAGUGUAUAUUUUGAUGCUUCUUUCCUUCACCUUUUUGUCCUGCACUUACUGUUCACUGUAUGCAAAGAAACUGUAGUUUGUCUGCUGCAUAUGGUCAGUAUUUUUAUUGAGCAGUCAGUUUUGGGGUGUGGGGGGAUAUCAAACUAUUCCUACAAGAUAAUAGAUCAAUCUAAUUUAUUUACCAUGGGGGAUGUUUUUAAUACUUGUGGUAAUAAUCUGUUUAUUAUUGUACAGUAUUUGAUUAAAUAAAAACAGAAGAAUACCGUCA